AUGUAUAUUCUUCAGCAUCUUGCGCGGCUUCUCGACCAGCCUUUUUUACCAUGGAAAAAAAUAAUCGUGGGGUUUUCCCUCGGUCAAUACGUCCUUGAGGGAUUCCUAUCCAUGCGGCAAUAUAAAAUAUUGCAGCAGAAAAAACCGCCUAAGGUUUUGGAAGGAGAAGUCUCUCAGGAAGUAUUCGACAAGAGCCAGGCAUACGGUCGUGCGAAGGCAAAAUUCGGUUUCUUCUCCGCUUUAUACAGCCAGGUCCAAAAUCUUGCGUUCAUCUACUAUGAUGCCCUUCCUAAACUUUGGGCCGUAACGGGCCUCUGGCUCACACAGUAUCUCCCUGCUCGCUUUCAGGGUGAAAUCACGCAUACCUUGCUCUUUCUAUUCACCUUUAACAUCGUCACCACACUCCUUUCCCUGCCCGUUUCAUACUAUAGUACCUUUGUGCUCGAAGAAAAAUUUGGCUUCAACAAGCAGACUCUGAACCUGUGGGUCUCUGAUAUCCUCAAAGGACAAAUGUUAGGUGUUGUUCUUGGUACACCCAUAAUCAGUGUCAUUCUGAAAAUUGUUCAGAAGACUGGAACGAGCUUUUUUUAUUACCUUUGGAUGUUUGGCAUCUUUGUGCAGUUGUUCGCCAUCACCAUUUACCCAAUCGCCAUCCUACCCUUGUUUAAUAAGCUAUCUCCACUGGAACCUGGCGCCUUGAAAUCUGGCGUGGAAAACCUUGCAAAGAAGUUGAACUUCCCGCUCAGAGAGUUGUACGUUAUUGACGGAAGCAAGAGAAGUGCCCAUAGUAAUGCCUAUUUCUAUGGCCUACCGUGGAAGAAGCAUAUCGUUAUCUACGAUACCCUGAUUGAAAAGAGUGAGCCGGAAGAAGUCGUGGCUGUCCUAAGUCACGAGCUUGGACACUGGAGCCUAAAUCAUACCACAAAGUUAUUUGGCAUUGCCCAGUUCCAUAUGUUUUACAUCUUCGCCCUCUUCUCUGCCUUCGUCAGCAACAAAUCAUUGUACAAUUCCUUCGGCUUCCACGAUGAAUACCCGAUUAUGAUCGGAUUUCUCUUAUUCUCUGAUGCUUUGGCACCAAUGGAUGCCAUUGUAAAACUUCUGAUGAAUAUUCUUAGUCGGAAAUUUGAAUUCGAGGCUGAUGCAUUCGCUGUUAAACUUGGCUACUCUGCCGAACUCGCCAAAUCACUCUUGAAGCUUCAAAUCCAGAACCUUUCCACAAUGGACGCCGACUGGAUGUACGCCAGCUAUCACUACUCGCACCCGAUCCUGCCUGAACGGCUUGGGGCUUUGAGCUGGAAGGGAGGGAAAAUCAGCGGCAAAAAACAAGAAGACUCAGACAAGCCCUUGAAGGCUACUAAUCGAGAACUGUAA